CAACCCUUAUAGAGAAUCUAUUAUUCCCCACACAAAGCAGACGACUUGCCGUAGCUGCAAAUGCUCACACUUUCUGGACGUUUACGUUUUUAAUUUGUUCUUAUUAUUUUAGGUCGCGGCACAUAAGCUACAGGUACAACUGAAACAUUUUCCCGUGCCACAAUUGUAUAAAACGCGGCAAAGCUGUUCUUUCUUCUGACAGCCCCUCAGCAACAGCUAGAGGCAUGCAAAGUAGUCUUGCACUUCCCUUUACCAUAUAUAGCUCGUACCGGCGCGCGCAAGAGCCGACGGAAACGUCUCGGAGAAAUUAAAACGUUUUCCUGUCAUCGGAUGAGGACAAAUUAACGUUUAUUGCUUAGUUGACAUCUCCCGUCUUAAAGGGAUAUACCACCAACCAGUUGCGUAGAUUUCGAUGGGCGAAGAAAAGUCUUGAGACGCACAGAAACAGUCGCCGGGGCAUCGCGCAGCAGUGAAUGAGAAAGCCACAGAUAGUGAAGGAUCAUGUCGACGCUGCUGGAUCUCAAGAGCAGUGUGCUGAGGCAGGUGCAGAGGAGCCAGUCCCUGAGGACCAGGAGGGAGCCACCGGCCAGCACCAGCGCUGGAGGGAGUCCCCCGCCGCUCGCCCGCCGCUCGGGCACCAUCGUACACAGGGUUGCCAGGGGAAACGGGGAGUUCUUUGACCGCAUGAAUAAAAUCCUCCAGAAACAGGAUAGUCUGCUGUCUGCCGGCCAAACAGAGGAGGAGAGCAGCUGUGCUCCUCCUCCCCCGGAGUGCAAAGACCAGGCUUUUGUUCCAGAGAGAUCCACCAGAGAUGAGCUUGAUUUGUUGUAUGAGGAGGCCAUCUACACCGUGGUCAAUCGUGUUGGGGUACCGUCGCCUGAAUAUGUUACUAACGAAGGGGACAUUUUCAGCUACCUACAGAAGGUCUUUGAUAUGGGUGAAGAGGAGCAUGACAUCAUCCUUCAGAGAGUCAGAGAAUCCAAGAAAGCCAGCUUUUCUCUCAGGGUCUCUGUAAUGAAAGGCAAGAAUCUCAUGGCAAAAGAUGCCAAUGGCUACAGUGACCCCUACUGCAUGCUGGGAAUCCUCUUGGGACAGUCGCCCAAAGACACUGAAGAGAAGAAAGAGAGGAAGUUCAGUUUUCGCAAGAGACGGGAGAAGUUAGAGAAGCGCUCAAGUGUUAAGGAAGUGCUGGCGGGCCGAGAUAUCCAGGUGACCGAAGUCAAACCAGAGACUCUUAACCCAGUGUGGAAUGAACACUUUGUUUUUGACAUUGAUGAUGUUCACAAUGACCUGCUCCAUCUGGACAUAUGGGAUCACGAUGACGAUGUUUCUGUUGCGGAAGCCUGUAAGAAGCUGAAUGAAAUCAGUGGAUUUAGAGGAAUGGGCAGAUAUUUCAAGCAAAUUGCCAAAUCCGUGAGGGCUAACGGGGCCGCUGCAUCAGGAAGCGAGGAGAAUGCUGAUGACUUCCUGGGUUGCAUCAACAUCCCGUUGAAUGAGAUCCCAGUCGUCGGUUAUGAUAAAUGGUUUAAGCUAGAGCCCAGAUCCAGCGCAUCUAAAGUUCAAGGAGAAUGUCACCUGAUUCUUCGCCUCUUUACCACUCAGAGAGACACAGCCUUGAGUAAAAUGGCCUCCAAUGUGACCAUUCACAAGAAGAUGUUGAGCCAGAUUUUGGACUAUGAACAUAAUCAGAUUCAGAAAGAGCCUUAUAACUGGAAUGGACAGGUGUGUGCGGCUGCAUGGACUGUGCUGUCCCAUCAUGCAGUGCAGGCCGACCUCUCCCCUCUGCAGCAGGCCAUCAUCCGUUGGCAGUGUUACAGCAGCCAUCACCGCUCUCAGAGGAUGAGCUACGCUCUGCUCCUCAGGCUGCUGAAAACCGUGGAGGCAGAGUGGGAGGAUACCGCUGUGCACGGGGAGCUGGAGGGUCUCUUGGCAGAGAGCUUCAGACUUUACUGUGAUUACUGCCUGUCUCAAAUGAAGAGUAUGCGUCAAGUAUUCCCCUGCAACAACUCCGCUGCCAUCAUUCGCUGUGAGCUUAUGCUGAGGAGCAUCGGUCACAUGCAGUCAAUGCCAGCCUUUAGAGCCGUGUGUUCAAACCGCAGCGAACUGCACUUGGAAAUAGCAACAGUUAUAAAGAAAGGUACAGUUGAGUGGUAUGAAGGAAUAAUAUCAAACAUCAAACCAGAUGAAGGUACUCUAGAGGAGCAGCUGAGGCGUUUGGUUAUGGUGGUGGAUGCAGUAUGUGUUGAUGUGCAGAGAGGACAAAAUGUCUACAACAAGCUUUAUUACAGCUCUGUGAAGGUUGACUUCUUCAGCAUCUCCUACCGGCAGUUAGAGAAGCUUGUGGCGGAUGACGUGAAUGUGGCAAUGGAGCGAGUGUGUGGGAACCUGGAACAGGAGAGUUCACGACUCACCCAAACCAUGGGAGAGACGCUUUUUGAGCUCUACAUGUCUCUGAAGUCCCUCAAGCGCUUCAGGGAGUUUCUGCCUCUUAAAGACACCAAGAUGUUGGCUCUAACCGGAUUUCACAACUGGUUCAAGACCUCUAUUCAUAAAUGGCUGCAGAUUGUACAUGAAAGAUCCACUGACAGGAUCCGCAAAGCUGUGGAAAUGGAUCAGUUGGAGCCGAUCCAGAGUCAGACCAAACACAGCUCCUCGGCGGUGGACGUUACGAUGUGCUUCAGCCAGGUGCGGGAGUUCUGGGCCCAGCUGGCGUGGCCCGAUUCGGCGGGAGCCUUCAUUUUCAUCACACGCCUGACGGACAAUUUCUGCAGCGAGGCGGUGUGUUACGCCGAGCUGAUCAAGCGCAAGAUUGAGAGGGGCCAGCUGGGACGAGACCACAAGAGUUUCAUCGUGCAGGUUUGUGUCGCUCUGAAUAGCACGGAGCAUGUGCGCGUGUACCUGGGGGGUCUGCCGCGGGAGCUGGACUGGCGGGGGGUCGAACUGGCCAUGGAGGAGUCGUGCGGCUUGGAAGGGAAGGAGCAAGUCAACAAGUCCCUCAACGGGCAGCUCUACAACGCUGAUAUCGACCUGCAGAGGGAGGCCAAACGCCUAAACACACACCUUACUGAUAGGAUGCUUCCUGAACUCAGAAGAUGCAUUCAACACAUCAGCCUAUCUCCAGACUCCAUUAACACUGAUGAGGCUGUGGCUCCUCUGAUGAAGUACCUGGAUGACACUCUAGUCAUCCUCAACGAGUCGCUGGUUAAAGAGAAUCUAACAAGGGUUCUGCAGAGUCUGUGGGAGCUGCUCCUGCGGAUGAUCCUGGACACUGUGGGGGAAAACAGGGGUGUCCAGGUGGAAUUCUACACACGGUUCCAGUACACCGUAGAGACACUGGUGCGGUUCUUCCACGCUGAUGGAGAAGGGCUGCUCUUGGAAGACCUUAAGAGCGGAGAUUAUAAGGCCCUGGACGAGGAGCUGCGUCUGAACAAAUGCUCCUCCUUUGAGCUGAUCGAACAGUAUUUCCUGGAGAAAAUCUCUCAGCAGAGAAUCUUAAAGCACAGUCGUUUUGGUCGUAUCAGUGUGAAGUGUUACUAUGAUGCCCCUGAGCAAAGACUCACUGUGGAGAUACUGCAUGCAGCUGACCUCAUUGCCCUGGAUGCUAACGGCCUUAGCGACCCGUUUGUCAUCGUGGAGCUGUGUCCUCACCAUCUGUUCCCCGCGGCUCGGAGUCAGCGCACCCAAGUGAAGCUCAAAACCCUGCAUCCGGUUUUUGAUGAGCUUUUUUACUUCCAUGUCAGCCCUGAGCAGUACAGACACAGGUGUGCCUGUCUGACCUUCACUGUGAUGGACUAUGAUUGGUUGUCCACUAAUGAUUUCGCUGGCGAGGCUGUUGCCCCUCUGAGUGACUUCUGCUGGCCGGGCAGGCAGAGCGCCACACCUGCUGGAAAGACCCUUCAACCGGUUAUCCUGCACUUGUCCCGCCAGAAACCAAGCGAGAAGCCCAUCAUGAAGAUGCUGGAGGCGAGAACGGGAGACAGAGAGGCUCAAGAGUUUGUGCGAAAGCUGAAAGAGAUCGAGAAGUCAAUGGAGGAAGAGUAAUGUGUUCCCUGUAGUGCACGUAUUUCUGAUGGUGGUCUUUUUUACCUGUUGUACUAUGUUUACUCUUUACAUGCAAACUCUUUUAAAUGUAUUUUUCACUGUUGUCCAGAAAAAAAAAAAGUAAGAUCAUGUUUAAAGAUCAGUAUUUUAUCACUGUUCAGCACUUAAUGUGUGCUGUGUUUUGAUGUUGAAGCCCUCUGAUGGAGCUUAUUGUUCAUAGGAUUGUACGAAUUUAGUAGUAGAAGGGUCUAUUUUGAAAGAAACAUUUGAAUUCAAACGCUUAUCUGAGCUAUAGAUUAUGACUUGAACUCAGAGAACUUGAACUCUGAAAUAAACAGACGUUUACUUGAGGAUUUUCCGCAAACACUACAAAAGUAACAGAAUUUGUGGACAGGCGGCAGUUUUACAAGGCCAUGUACACACUGCAGAUUAAGAAGAAUUUCUUAACAGUAUUUUUGGCAAGAUAUUUUGGGAAAUCAAAAUAUCUAAACAUUCUUCUAGAGAUUUGUUUUCAGACAGGAUAUUUUAGCCAUGUCCGAUGAGUAAAAAAUUACAUAUACAGGAAAAAACAUUUUGAAAAUAUUUUAGCACUAGUAUAUAAAUAUUUAGUUGUUAUAUAUAGUUGUUAUAUAUAGUUAUAUAUAUAAUAUAUAUAUUAUAUAUAGUUGUUAUAGUUAUUUAUUUAUUUAUUUAUUUAUUUUUGUGUAAAACUAGGUUUCGUUUUUUUUUCUCAGGUUUAUGCUGUUAAUCAUUCAAAUUUUUGUAGUCUCUUAUGCUCACCGAAGCUAUAUGCAUUUAUUUUUUGUAUUUUUUAUUUUUUUUUUAUUCCAAGUUUAAUUUGUUCCUGUUUUUUGGCAAAACUGAAUUUUCAGCACAUGAUGUCACAUGAUACUUCAGAAACCAUCCCAAUAUGCUGAUUCGCUGCUCAAGAAACAUUUAAUAUUAUAAAUGUUGAAAACAGUUGUUUUAGGUAACAUUUAUUGAAAUUGUGAUGAUUUUUUUUCCAGUGAUGAACACAAAGUUAACUUUGUAACUUUAUAAAUGACAUUGCCACUUCUAAACAAUUUAAUGCAUGCGUGUUAGAUAAAAGUAUUCAUUUACUGAUCCCAAAAAAUCUCUAAAAUUUCUUCAUCACUAAACUGAGUACCGUAAACUACCAGCCCACAAGAUUAAUUUCAAUGGUUUAUCUUUGCACCAAGCCCAUAAAUUAAAUGUCAUUUUUAAUUGGCCUUUUAAAUAUUUCCCCAGAAUAUUUGAGAUGAAAAAAUGGCCUUUUUUUCCCCACAGCCAAACCGUUGCUAUGGUUAUCACCAUGUCAACCAUCCCAAAAGAGACUCCUGUAUUCCACACACACAGAAGGGAUUCACCGGCGCAUUUAAAUGCCGUCGUCACUCCCAAAACUUUGUAGUGUGUACGUGGCCUGUGAGUAGCAUGAAAGGCAACAGAACGUUGAUGACUUUUUCAUGUAAUCAGCAGCGCCGAUAUAAUAACGUUUACCUUAUUAUUGCUCGAAAAUGUUCUCUGUUUGCUCUUAUCAAGGAAAAUACUUUCAGAAAAAGUCCUUUAUCUUAAACUGUGAAUGUUCAGUAUUUGUCCUUGAAUCCCACUGGAUUGUGUUGAGAUUUUAUCGUAGCAUUUCUGUAAGAUGUUGUCUUUCCUAAAGAAUGUAUUCGUUUAUGCCAAGUGGUUUAUCAAUUUACGGGUUUAAUGUUCAGAUGGUUCUCUUCUCUUGUAUUUUCUCUGCCAAAUGACUUGUUUUUAUUGCCAGUAAAUGAUUAGGGUAAAAAAAAAGUAGAAAAAGAGUUUUUUUCCACAUCACAGAGGCUUUUCACCACUACAUUUUGAAUGUUUGGCGGCUUUUGUGACUGAAGCGGUACAGUACGGGGUUUAUUGGAUUCAUGAACUAUUCUAUCACGUUAUUUCCCAUCUGUACAUUACCAGUAGCUCUCAGCAGGACACUUCCUGUUCAGCUAUUAUAACUUCAGCCUGUUACUUUUCCUCACCAGCACCUCUCUUGUUCUGACCUUCACACUUAUCUUGUGCUUUUCACCUCCUGGUGGGUGAGUGAAAACCACCAGAAAUUAGCCACUCGCAAACAAAUGAAGGCCAAAGCCUGCUGAAACAUACCGCAGCACCCAGCAACACUGAUAUUACUGCUCCACUUGAAACAUGCUCAAGAAUGUGAUACUGUCAGCAACUCUCUGUCUCCUUUGUGACUCCAGUAACGGUGUAUACGGUGUGUGUGUGUGUGUGUGUGUGCGUGUGUGUGUGUGCGUGUGCAUGCACGUGUGUGGCGGCGUGCACUUUGAUUUCAAUAAACAGAUGAUAACGAUUA